GGAAAAUGAAAAGAUCCACAGAAAGAACUCGGCAUUGGCUCCCCAAUAGCAUUAUACUGUACCGGCUCUCCUUGAAAGCAGAUUAGCUCAGGUUUUAUCAUUUUAUUUAACAAAAAGCAAUCCCUGCUCACAAAUCAGAUGUAACGGGAGGCAGACGGCACAUGUGGACGUAGGCACAUAUCGCCACUGGGGCUUCACCCUUUGAUGUUCAAAGAGGGACUACUAAUAAGGAAGAACCAAAUAUGAAGUGCCUACAGUCAACACAUGGAUUAUGUAUUUCUUUACCGAUACUUUUGCUUUUGAUGUUUACCCUCGACGCAGGUUUAUCAGACAGUUGUCCCCGGAAGCAUGAUUUGAUAGGGAAAAGGGUGUGUCUCAAACCUUGUAAGACGGAUGCUAACUGCCGUGGGAAGAAUAAGCAGUGUCUCUGUGAUGAUGUGUGUGGAAAGAGCUGUGUGAACCCAAAUGCUAGAUGCUCACACAUAAAGCCUCCUUCCCAUGGCUAUGUACAAAUCAUUCCAUACAACAAGUUUGACGCGCGUGCACGUUACGGCUGCGCGGAGGGAUACGUGUUGAACGGUCCACCAGAGAGGAUAUGCGGUGGAGACAAGCAGUGGAGUGGAGAGGAACCAUACUGCUCCAAAGAUGGUUUCUGUGGUCCUCCUCCCCCUAUUGUCAAUGGAGAGCCACAGUCAUCUCUGCCAAAACGGGAGCGGAGAUUCCCACCAGGCAGCCAGGUGGUGUAUCGCUGUCACAAGGGCUAUUUCCAAGAUGGCUACCCCAGAGCCAUGUGCCUUGGAGACGGCAAGUGGGUGAUGCCCAGAAUGGCAUGUGCACAUGCUAGAUGCUCACACAUAAAGCCUCCUUCCCAUGGCUAUGUACAAAUCAUUCCAUACAACAAGUUUGACGCGCGUGCACGUUACGGCUGCGCGGAGGGAUACGUGUUGAACGGUCCACCAGAGAGGAUAUGCGGUGGAGACAAGCAGUGGAGUGGAGAGGAACCAUACUGCUCCAAAGAUGGUUUCUGUGGUCCUCCUCCCCCUAUUGUCAAUGGAGAGCCACAGUCAUCUCUGCCAAAACGGGAGCGGAGAUUCCCACCAGGCAGCCAGGUGGUGUAUCGCUGUCACAAGGGCUAUUUCCAAGAUGGCUACCCCAGAGCCAUGUGCCUUGGAGACGGCAAGUGGGUGAUGCCCAGAAUGGCAUGUGCACCUAAGAGUUGUGGUGACCCAGGCUUUGUGAAGAAUGGACAAAGGAAGGGGGACAUCUUCAUCUACCCUCAUAGAGUGACCUUCUCCUGUGACCCUGGCUAUGAGCUGGUGGGAAGCCAGUACCGCAUGUGCCAGGCCAACGGAAAGUGGUCGAGAUUUGUGCCUAAAUGCAAGCCUAUCCAGUGCCAACCCCUGUCCAUCCCAGAGAACGGGAACAUGUACGGUUACUCUGUGGCCUUCAACUCCGUGGUCAGGUUUACGUGUUUGGAGGGGUACAGACUGCAGGGCCCCAGUGAGAGGAAAUGCCAGGAGAAUGCACAUUGGACGGGAACUGAUGUGAAAUGUGAGGAAAUUGACUGUGGCUGGCCCCAGAAUCUAUGGAAUGGAUAUCCAGAUGGACAACAUACCACAUAUGGGCAUACCAUUUACUUCAGAUGCUAUCAGGGAAUGACUCUGCAGGGGGCAGUCUCGGCCCAGUGUCUGGACACGGGGAACUGGUCAGAACCCAUCCCUAACUGUUGGAGGCGGUGCCCUGUGCCAACCCUGGACAAUGGCACAGUUCAUGGUUACAGCCCGAGGGAUAAAAUAGACCACGGCAGAGUGCUCACACUGGCUUGUUAUGAGGGACAUGCCUUGAAUGACACCAAGACCAAGUCUGUGUGCUAUAAUGGAACUGUGUCCUAUAUGCCAAGCUGCAUCCCUAAGAACUGCUCAACAAGACCUGGAGACAUCAAGAAUGGAAUUGUGCGCUACAUUGACAUGAACCAUGGCUCGCUGGCUCGCUACUCCUGUAACAUGGGAUUUCGUAUCGUAAAUGAUGAGUUUAUGACGUGUUUGUACGGCAGAUGGAGAGGAAGAAUACCUUACUGCGCGGAGAUGUAUUGCCCACACCCGGGUUCUCUGCAGUAUGGCAGGAUACUCCUGGUCGGUUACAUUGGCAAGUACGACUACAGACCCUAUGUGACACAGAUAGGACAGGGACAGCAGAUAGAGUUCCAA